GCAGAGAGAGGUGAGGUCCACGGUCCACACAGCCGAAACGACAGCGUUCAAUCAGUUGGAAGUAAGCAAAGGAAUUUAUUACUUUCCGCAUCUACCUUCAUUCCUUGGCGGGUGUUAGCGGUUGCGGUUUCGGUUUCGUUGCGCCGAAUCUUAACCGUCCUUUUGGGGCCCACAAAUCGCCGAUACUGUGUUCACUUUCAUUGCCGGUGGCGGCGAAGCCACCGUACCAACCACCGACGCCGUCCAAUCCUUUUCAGCCUUUCAAAUUGCGAUGACGUAUUUCGAAGAGGAUGCCAUUAACGGCGACGGUGAUCGAACGAGGGACGUCAAUCGCAAUCACGACGGCGGAGGAGAAUUAUACGUCAAUUUGAGGUGGGACCCACAACCGGAGGCCCCGAACACUAACCGGAGAGGAUCGUCGCGUCUCUGGUAUUGGGUUAAGUUGGUUCUCUGUUUCUUAUGUCUGGGCCUCUUGGCUCUCGUUGCUUUCAAAUGGCUUGUCCCACUCUUCACAGAAAAGGUGAUUAUUCCUAUAAUAAAUUGGGAGACGAACACGUUCAGUUCUCCAGUGUUAGCUGUUCUGGUGUUUGCUUCUAUAGCGCUAUUCCCUACCCUAAUUCUGCCAUCCUCGCCUUCUAUGUGGGUGGCUGGGUUGACAUUUGGUUAUGGCUUUGGAUUCUUGCUAAUCAUUUCUGCAGCAGCAGUGGGAGUAUCACUUCCUUUCUUGAUCGGUUCAAUCUUCUAUAGUAAAAUUGAAGGGUGGUUAGAAAAGUAUCCAAAGAGAGCUUCUGUUCUAAGAUCUGCUGGUGGGGGAAAUUGGUUUCAUCAAUUUCAGGCAGUUGCUUUAAUCAGGGUUUCUCCAUUCCCAUACAUAAUCUACAACUAUUGUGCCGUCGCAACAAAUGUUGAGUAUUGGCCUUACCUGCUCGGUUCCAUGGUAGGAAUGGUGCCAGAAAUAUUUGUUUCAAUUUACACGGGAAUUUUGAUAGAAACAUUGGCUAAUGCUUCACAUCAAAAUCACACUCUAUCCACUCCACAAAUUGCCCUCAAUGUAGUUGGUUUCUGCAUAAGUGGAGCUACAAUAAUCUUUUUCACAGCCUAUGCAAAGAGGCAGCUCAAGGAGUUACAACAGAAAGAGGAUGGUUUGCUCUUGCAAUAAUCCAGUAGGUUUAGUCUGGGUUUAUUUGCUGGCAGCAUGAGGCAGUUAUCACUAUCUUGAACGUCACAUGUUAAGGCUUACCACAGAACAAGCUAACGCGGCUAACAUCAGCAUUUCUAUCUCUUUUUUCUAUAUGUUGCCUACAACAACUGCUUUCUUUGAUGGUGUUUCCGUCUCAUUUCACUACUAGCAUGUUUGGUUCUACAUUUUGGAUGUGAUUUUCUACAUCACAGAUGUGAUUUUAAGAAGCUAAUAGUUAUAGUUCCUACAUCCUAAAUGUAAUUUUUUUAUUCUUAACGAAUUUCCAAACACGCCAUAUGUGUAUUAAUUAAAUGAAAUUCCCACUUUUGGAGUAAUCGUUUUCAACAUGCCAA